UCCAAUAGCCAUACACGCACCAAACUAUCUGCAUAAAAUGUGGUACGAACCACUCGAUUUGACAAAAAUGAAAAUUUGCUGUUAUUUUUCCAGAGCGUCUAAUUGUUUUUUAUUAUUUUUUUUUUUUAAUUCAACAACCGGACCUUCAGAGCUCGAGUUAACUGAAAUCGAUACAGAGGACGCUUGAAUCGUUUUGGAGAAAUUCGCGGGAAUGGUCAUUCCCGUAUUUUUUUAUAUUGAUUUGUGUACGAGCCGCUCGGAGUAAACUUAACCUUAUUGUCAGUGCGCGUACAUUUACUGUUAGUGAGAUCCUGUUUCCGUCGAAUAAUAAUUACUCACAAUUGGCGAUGCCAUAACGGAAUGAUACUUUUCUAAUUGUAAAUCUUUCAGAUCUAAUGUUGCUUGAAUUUUAGGAUUCUGCAGUGAAAAAUUUGGUACAAGCGUGCACGUAAUGUCAUUAUUAUUUAUAGACAUGUAUUAUUUAUAGACAUUUUAUAUGUGUUUGAUACAAGAUGCGGUUGUUUUACUAAAAAAAUGCAAAUGUGAUUAAGUAUUUUGAAACUAUUGGAUGGACAAACAUAUGUGUGUCAAAAAUGACAAUGAUAUUCGAUUUUCUGAAGAAGCUCCUUGGAUGGGUGGAUGAAGGAUCUAAAAAACGUAAACUUGAAACAGACACCUACAGCUCCGAUGAGGAAGAAUACAGGACCCCAAAGAAAUUCAAAAGCAACUACAAUACUUGUUGGCAGUCUAACAAGAUAAUUACACUUAACAAUGUACCUAAUGCCAGACAAAUGGCGAAAUCUACGUUAGAUAAAAGUAGCACAUCCAGGAAAUCUAUGUUGGAUGGUAGCAGUGCGUCAAGAAAAUCCACGAUGACUUUCAACGCAUCAAGACCCAUUUCGUCAGUUGUUAGUGACAGAACAAGAUUCUUAAUGAAUGUCACCAUGCCAGUACCAUCUGCAGAUAAUAGCAAACCGAAAACAAAAUUGCCUAUUCCAGUUGUUCCGACAAAUUCUUUGCGCGACAAGCUAUCGGCUAGAGCUGUCAUGAAACCAGACUUUAUAUCGCAGGUCGCCAAGAGAUACGACCAGCGGAUUGAGCAGCGGCACAAAGAAGCCGAAGAAUUGAAGAAGCUCACAUCUGUUCUGUCAAAGCACAACAGAAUUGUGCGAGAGAAUGCUCUGGGAGAACAGCUGGCGCGUUCUAUGAAACUGUGCCUGACCAUUGUAGAUGACAGGGAAGAGCCAGAAGAACCAGCUUUACCAAAAUUGACCAAUGACAUGGUACAGGAGAUAAGAAGCGCCCUCGUACCUUCUCCACCUAACGAGAUACUUGCGGAAGGUUUUGGUCUCCGAAUCACACGAAAGGACCUUCACACAUUGUCUGGUUUAAAUUGGCUGAACGACGAAGUCAUAAACUUUUACAUGAAUCUGUUAAUCGCCAGAGGUGCCGGUUCGGACAAAUAUCCAAAAGUACACGCGAUGAACACAUUCUUUUACCCUAAAUUGCUCUCGGGCGGUCACUCGUCUCUGAAACGAUGGACGAGAAAAGUUGAUAUAUUCGCGCAGGAUCUCGUCGUCAUACCCGUACAUCUCGACAUACACUGGUGCAUGUCGAUAGUAGACUUCCGUGAUAAAACGAUCACUUAUUACGACAGCAUGGGUGGCAACAAUUCCAAGUGUCUGGCCGCGUUGAAGACUUACCUGCAGGACGAAAGUCUAGACAAGAAGAAACAACCGUACGACAUGAGCAACUGGACGCUGCAGUGCGCCAAGAACAUUCCACAGCAGAUGAAUGGGAGCGACUGCGGUGUGUUCUCCUGCAUGUUCGCCGAGUACGUAUGUGCGAACAAGAAGUUGUCAUUCACACAGGAAGACAUGCCGUAUUUUAGAAACAAAAUGGUUUACGAAAUACUGAAGAGUAAACUCUUGUAAAAAGGAAAAAACAAAAAACAGAAAACGAAAAAACCACAACAUCACUGAAAAAAAAACAAGUGAUCGUAUAGAA